AUGUCUAUCUACUUAUUUACUUAUUUAUCUAGCUAUCUAGCUAUCUCAUUCUGUUCAUAUCUAUCCCUCUAUCUGUACUUCUUCAUAUCUAUCUAUCUAUCUAUCUCUUUUCAUAUCUGUACUUCUUCAUAUCUAUCUAUCUAUCUCUUUUCAUAUCUAUCUAUCUAUUCUCCCUCCCCACCUGUUGCUCUCUCUCUCUCUCUCUCUCUCUCUCUUUCUUUCUUCUGUGGUAUUAAUUUUCUUACCUCUCAUAACCCCUUUUCCCCCUUCCUCCUGAUCAUUCUAUCACUAUUGCUUCUUUCUCUCUCUCUUUCUCUUUCUCUCUCUUUCUUUCUCCCUCUUUCACAGGAUGAGGAUAUUAGUCCAGAUCAUACUACUGUAAACUCGUCAUUCUGGAAAUACUUUUUUAGUCUUUCAAACAGUUUCCAAAUAAUCACCCCGACAGACAUAGAAUUUUUUUUUUUUUUACCCUUACAACCAUCAUAUGCAAGUCAGAAGAAAGCAGACAUUUAUAAAAAGAUAAAAAAAAAAAUGGUUCCUGUUGGUGUUGGCCAAGCGAGACAAAUCUAUUCAUCACCGUAG